GGCAGGGACAGGGGGGGACAGGGGGCUUUUCUCCGCGGCCACCUGGAAAAAGCCAUGCAGGACCCCUGGCUUCUCAUGAGACACAGACUCUGUUCAACCAGUGAUUGGAUUUAAAUUUGCAACACUGCUGGAGAUUAUUUAGUUUGAGUCUAAAAAGAAAACGAAUCAAAGACGAGGACGGAGGACUAAAAGAGCUUCAUGGACACGCGCAGAAACCCCCAGAGCAAGUCCAAAAGAGGAAGCCCACCCAAGUUCAGCACCAAGGAUAUCUGGAGUCAGGUUUGAUGUCAGGUGGAGGUGAAGUCAGACUGACGGAGCGAGUGUCUUCUGCCAGGUAACAGGUCUAAAAACGAAAAAAGAAAAAAAAAAAAAAAAAGAAAAGAAAAGAAACUUUCCUGUGCGUGCGUCUCGAGGCUGCGGUGAGGCAUGAGUGGGGGGCGCUUUGAGUUUGACGACGGGGGAGCGUACUGCGGAGGCUGGGAGGGGGGCAAAGCCCACGGCCACGGCAUCUGCACCGGACCCAAGGGCCAGGGCGAGUUCUCCGGCUCCUGGAACUACGGCUUCGAGGUGGUGGGGGUCUACACAUGGCCCAGCGGGAACACCUACGAGGGCUACUGGUCGCAGGGCAAGCGCCACGGCCUGGGGCUGGAGACCAAGGGACACUGGAUUUACAAAGGGGAGUGGACCCACGGCUUCAAGGGGAGGUACGGGGUCCGGGUCAGCGUGGGCAGCGGGGCCAAGUACGAGGGCACCUGGAAUAACGGCCUGCAGGACGGAUACGGGACGGAGACGUACGCGGAUGGAAGCACUUUCCAGGGUCAGUUCACCGGAGGGAUGCGACACGGUUAUGGCGUCCGUCAGAGCGUCCCGUACGGCAUGGCUGCUGUGGUCCGCUCCCCUCUCCGCACCUCCUUAACCUCCCUCCGCAGCGAGCACAGCAACGGCACCGUCCUGCAGCAAGACAUCCCCAUCAUCACGGCCACCAACGCCUCAGGCGAGGAGACGCCGGUGGCCACUCCCACCCAGCUGGGACCGUCCCGGGGAGGCUUCGCCCUCACGCUCCAGGUGGACCCCGAGGCCGUGAAACCGAAGAAGAAGGGCCUGUUCAGAAGGAGCUCCCUGCUCGGCAAGCUGAAGAAGUCCGAGUCGAGCACGUCCCUGUCCAGUCAGAAGAGUAAGAUCAGCUUCCUGAGGACGGAGUCCGCGCUCAGCUCCAACGCCAGCGACACCAACUCCACCAUCAGCAUGGACGAGAGCCUGGCCGGGGCGGAGGACUUCCCCCCCGUGGAGGCCGACAUCGACGCCACCACCACCGAGGUCUACAUGGGCGAGUGGAAGAACGACAAGCGGUCCGGUUAUGGAAUAAGCGAAAGGUCCAGCGGGCUGAAGUACGAGGGCGAGUGGCUCAACAACCAGCGGCACGGCUACGGCUGCACCACGUUCGCCGAAGGCGGGAAGGAGGAGGGCAAGUACCUGAACAACAUGCUGGUGAAGGCCAUGAAGAAGAGGGUGAUCCAGCUGAAGGGAACCAAGAUCAAGCAGAAAGUGGAGCGAGCGGUGGAAGGAGCCCAGAGGGCCGCAGCCAUCGCCAAGCAGAAGGCAGAGAUCGCUGCUUCCAGGACGACACACUCAAAGGGGAAGUCAGAUGCAGCUGAACAGGCGGCUCAGGCCGCCAACAGAGAGUCCAGCAUUGCCAGGCUGGUGGCCAAAGAACUCUCUCCGACCUUUUACCAGCCAGGUCCUGAGUAUCUGAAGAAGAGAGCGUUACAGGAGGCUGUGGACGGCAGCGAGAACACAGACACCAUCAUGCACGAGCCACUGCUGGCCGAGGAGGAGCCGCUGCCCACGCCACCUGAAAGCCCCUUCAUGAAUGAACUGGACAGCCUGAUGCCGGGCUCCUCCCCCGGCCGGACCCCGUCCCCCAGCCCGGGCAUCAUGAUCAAGGAAGAGAACAAACUCCUCAGUCCGGGAAGCUGGAAUGAAGACAAGAGCGUGAAAGGCGGCGGCAGCCGGGGCAGCAGUAAACCCAACAGCAGGGCCGGAAGUCGCCCCACAACCCCGUCGACCUCGGCCUCUGCGGCCGCCGCGGCCGUGCCUGAAGCGGGAGGGGCCCCAGGGAGUCGUGGGCCCUCUCGCACCCCCAGCCGUCAGAGCAGUAAGAUCGAACAGGGCUCAGACCUGGAAAUCAAACCGCUGCAGAAGUUCGACUCUGAGACGAAGGUUCCAGACGUCGCUCCCGCCCCCGCCACACCCGUAAGGAACAGCCUCAUCUUGCCAGAUGAAGAAGAAGCACCACGCCCCUCCCCCAGAGGGACCCCCAAAGCCGUAACCCCGGAGCCGAAACCUGCGACCCCUUCCAAAGCUGCGACCCCUGAAGUUAAACCUGAAAGAGCUCCGUCGGUCCACGAACGAGCGCCGUCCGUCUCUGAGAGCAAAGUGGAGUCCAGGGAGCCGAGCAGGCCUUCCAGCAAAGCAGAGACUAAGCCUCUACCCAGACGACAGCCCAGCCCAGCCCCUCCUCCAAAACCCACAACCAGCAUCGAACCGAAAGCACCACUAAAGCAAGCGGAGCCCAAAGCCGUGGCUGCCAAACCAGCCUCGAAGGUGGAGGUCAGGGUGGAAGGCAAACUGAGGGCCAUGCCGAGCACGAGUAAUGAAGUGACUGCGGAGUCUUUGGAGCUGGAGGGCCCAAACACCAUCAUGAUCUGCAUGGUGAUCCUGCUCAACAUCGGCCUGGCCAUUCUCUUCGUCCACAUCCUGUCAUGACACAUUUUCCACCGCAUUAGGUUAACAGCAGUGUUGGAGAGAGACGACGUUCCUCCUCCUCCUCCUCCUCCUCUUCAACGUGGGCCAGAGAUCAAACACACCGCUGAGGGGAAACAGAAGCCUCAUGCAGACUCAUGCUGCAGCUCCUAUAAAGGUUUUUCUUGAGUUCGGUUGGUGUGGCUGUGUGAGGCUCGAGGAGCUCCUCUCCUUCCUGAGACUGGAGGAACUGAAGGACACUGACUGACUGAAACCUUUCAGUGAAUUUGCAGAAUGGUUUGAAGAGAAAAGUUGGAUUUUUUUUUUCUUUUUUUUUGUGGGGGUGUUAAGAGUACAUCGAGGUGCUGAUAUGGGAGGGGUUGUGGUACCUGAGCAUUCAACUUUGUCACAAUGUGUGUGGAGUGUGUCAACAAUGAUAACUUUGAACUAAAAUCCUUAAUUGUCACACACUGGCUGGCUCUCACACACACCAAAUCAGGCAUAUCAGGAAAAACUUACGAUAUCACAAUAUCUCACAACUUAUAUAUUUGUUGAUGUAAUGUGAUCACCGGCUGAAGGAAUGAUGAAGACAUAUACAGACUGAUUACUGUGCCUUGAACUUGAGUAGAUGUUCAAAACCUGCAGCAGACGUGUGAGAGAUUUGCUUUUGUGUCAGUGAUCUGCCAUGUCCAGUGUUCAAAUGCUGAAAAGGACAAGUCUAAGAUGUGCGUGUGAAAUUCUCCCAAUUAAAACCGAUUAUUAUUUCCAUGUUGUCAUCAGAAGCACUAUGAGUUGCACUUCUGCUAAUUGCAACCUUACAAAUAUCUAUAUUGGUGUACUACACUGUGAAAUGUUCUAUUUUUCACUGGGGUUCCUAUGCAUUUACUGUCGAUCUGCUGCUUUUGGUUUUGGAGACUGGAUAAACCAAAAAGAGAAAGGAGCUUAUGAGUGCUAUUGUACGUUUACUGUAUGUCCCGCAACGCUGACUCGCACCCAGGUGGUUUUGAAAAAGAAGCUGUGUAUGUUUGGCAGCCAGAUAGGCAAGCAGAAAAGCAUUUGCUGUAUGUUGUGAUGAGGUUGCUGGAGCUGCAGAUCGGGAUUCGUGCAUCAGGCGGUGGACCUGGGACGAUGCUCCUUGCAGCAUUUCAUGGUUUGACAAGCGUGUUGGUGUAGAAAACUGUUCCAUCGCUUCAUAUUCAGGGCCUGCUGCGCUUUUAGAGCCAAAUAUGAGUUUAACUUUUUUGUACGCAUGAGCGCACUUUGUGUGUAUGUGUCUGUAUUUUUGUACCUUCUUGAAGUGCACAUUGUUUCAGCAUUCAAAAUUAUUCUGUCGUAACAUUUUUUUUUUUUUUUUUUGUCAGAAGAAAUAUGCAAUCCCCAAUUUAUUUCCUGAAGCAGUCGGUCUGAUUACCUCAUGAUUGUGAGAUGGAGAAAACUAUAGAAUGAUUCUUAACUCCAUGUCUUACUUUAAAAGGAGCGCUUUCACAUUUUCGUUUGUUUUUUUACCCAUCAGUCCAUCAACACCUGAAGCAACACUAACCUAUAACCACCCAUGUUUCUUUGAAGACUUCGAAAAUAAUAUCACUUCAAGUUGUCGUGUGUCUUUACUGGGUUUGCAAUGCAUUUUUCUUUGUAUUACGUGUUAAUUCAGUCAUAAUGUUAAGACCCGAGGACAAAGAGUUCACUUGCAGCACUCACCAACAUGGACUAUUACAAAGAGAAAAUGUCUGCUAUUCACUUUAUCUGUCAGUGGUUAAUAAGUUAUGGCUGAUUCCUAUAAAAAUGUUAAAUGAUUCUUCCUUAAUAUAUCAGUGUAUGAGAGUGUUGGAGUUGUACGAGAUCACGAAUGAGCAUACAGGGCCCUGGAGGUAAAAUCAGAAAGUCUGAAACCACUUGAAGGUUUUCUCUAAGAUCCCAAGAGUCUUCAUCUGUAAUCUGCGGCCUCAGACAGACAGAUAAACUCAGAGGUGAAACAUUUAAGAGAAAUGUGUUUUGUCUGUUUUAGUGCAUUCACUGAAGUCAAUGCCAAAAUGCUUUUGUGUUGCCAAAUGUGGUCAAACUAAAAGCUGUAAUUAAAUCUAAAGAAAAA